CUACCUCCGGUUCAGAGGUCAUAGUUGUGAGAGGUCAAUGUGUCCUUCCACACGUGUUUUCUGUCGGUAACCGGGAGCUAACCGGCACUUGAGAGCUGUCACACUCAUUCACCGUGUCGUUACACGUCUUUAUAUCCCUCCACAGUCAUGCUGAAGUCGGUAGUCCGUGCGGUCGGAUCCGCCGUUCGCCUUUCUUCCGCCACCUCCACCACAGCCCGAGCUCUGCCGCGCCUCUGCCCCACGAUGUGCCCUCCGAGCUCGGCGACAACUCGGCCCUUCACCCGGUCCCUCUGGAUGCUGAAUAACAACGGAGCCUCGUCGGGAUACAGGCCGAAACUGUUCACCUCGAAAGCGUUCAGCCCCUCGGUGUCGUGUGGAUGUGGAGGCCUGCACACAGAAGGUGACAAAGCGUUUGGCGAUUUCCUGUCUGAUGAAAUCAAAGAGGAGAGGAAGAUCCAGAAAGGCAAAGCCCUUCCUAAGAUGUCCGGAGGAUGGGAGCUGGAGAUGAACGGCACGGAGGCUAAACUCACGAGGAGUCUCGGCGGAGAAAAAAUCACUGUCACAUUCAACGUCAACAACAGCAUCCCUCCUAACUUUGAGGAAGAAAUCGAACAAGGACAGCAGAAGUCAGCAGAAGAAGAGCCCGAAAUUGUGUCAACGCCCAACUUCGUUGUUGAAGUAACGAAGCAGGCUUCCAAACAUUCCCUUGUGUUUGACUGCCAUUUCCCUGAAGACGAGAUGAGCCAUGGUGAGGGAGAAGAGGAGAGCGACAUCUUUGCCAUCCGCGAGGUCAGUUUCCAGCCUGAGGGAGACACUGACUGGAAGGAGACCAGCUAUACCCUCAACACAGACUCUCUGGACUGGGCCCUGUAUGACCACCUGAUGGACUUCCUGGCUGACCGAGGGGUUGACAACACCUUUGCUGACGAGCUGAUGGAGCUGAGCACCGCUGUCGAGCAUCAAGAGUACAUCAAGUUCCUUGAAGACCUCCAAGGCUUUGUCAAAUGUAACUAAAUGUUAGCUAUAGUCAGAAUUAAACACAGAGAAUGGCAGUUGGAGGUGAGAUGAUACAGUAAGACUAAAGCAAAUGUUGCAGCACUGAUUGAUCAACAGAGACUGACGAUGACUUGCUUUAGUGUCUGUGACAGUGAGCCUGGUUGUGAGAAGUUGUCACGUUAAUACUUGUUCUCUUUGUUAAGAUGUGAGUUUAUUUUUUUUCUGUAAGUUAAAGGAGGCAGUUUAAAUUAAAUAUAUGAAGACCAUAAAUAAUGCAGGUCAUGACAAUGUGCAGAAACCUGAGACUCAAUUUUAGUCUUUACUGCAGGUGGUUUCAUGUGGUCCAGUCAAUAUUUGUGAAUGUCCAACUCUGUCCUAAAGCCAACAAAAAGACAAUUUGUGUCAAGUCAAACUUCGAUGUGACAGCUUCUGAUUUUACAAGUUGACCCAUCCUGCUUUGAGCGAAUGGCGAAGGAGUUCAUGUUGACCAGUAUUGAUUCGACUCUGUCAGACCGUCAUAUGAAGUCUGAAUGUGUCUUCACAGAACGGACGAUCGGUGUCUAAUAAACCAGUUUGAUAUUAAUGGA